AUCAGCAAAAUUCAUCUUCAGCAAGUUGGUCAAGUCCUCCGCUAUCGGCACCAUACUCCCAAACCUCUUCAGGUGAACCUCCGCCGCCUCCCGAGCCGCCGCCGACAUUUUUCCGGCCAUCUCCUGGCCGGCACGCUCUGCCUCCUCCUUUUCCCGCCUCAUUUCCUCCAAAAUCUUAUCGGACGCCCGUUUUUCCUCCUCCAGACCCGAAAUCCGGUUUUUCAACUCCUCCAUGACUUUAUCGUCCAUAUUCUUCUGUUUCUUGAAUUCCUCAAUCUCUUUCGUCAUUUUCGAGACGCUCGACUCCAGGCCCUGCUGCCUUUCGCGUUGGGCCGUGUUCUUUUGCAUCUGGAGCUUGUGCGAGAUCACUUCUUGAAUUAUCUCCAUUGCCCGCGUGCGCCUUUCCAGCUCGUAUUCGGGCUCCGUUUUGAUCUUCCCUUUGUCGCGUUUAUACCUGUGUGUGUACACAGUGCACUGUACACUUUGAAGGAGAUUUUCUUGCAAAGAUCCAGAUUUCACUAUGGUAUUUCAUCUGCUGAAUUACAUGGGAUCCUAACUAGUAACUACAAUCAUUAG